GAACGGUUCCCCAUAAACUGUUCGAAUAAAUGCGCGCCUCUUCGCUUUCCCGCGCUGUCGUUGCCUAUAAAUAGGAUCCUCCAAGCGUCAUUUUCACUCUCCUUCUCUCAUUUCCUCAGUUCGCUCCUUCAAUCCCUAGCUCGCUGCUUCAUCCUUUUCUCUUCGAGAACACGUCGGGUCGCCCCGCCCUAGGAGCCCAGAAUCAGCCCGCGCAUUCCUUAGGUCAUCCUUUCACCAGUAAGUCCCCCUUUCCUUUUUAUGUCUUCUUACAGUUCUGAUAGUUCUGACGUCACCAGUUCAACCCAUAGGCAUAGAGCAGCUAGCCCCAUACUCUUAGAUAGCAGCUCUUUAGAUUCCUUUAGCUCUUCUCCUUCUAUUUCCUUUGGACCGAGACCAGUAGCCUCUCCUAACCUGUCCCCUGUUAGAGUAAUGAGCCCAGCCGAGCGACCUGCCCAGCCUCUAGUCGGAGCAGCUGAUCAGGCAGCUCCGGGUCAGAUGGCAGCGGGGACCUCGAGGGGGCCAAGUGGCGACUUCGGAGAGGUCGACACUAUUCCCCCAGCCUUGGAGCAAAAAGAUGUUGACGAGCUGGCGGAAAAAUAUGAAAUCCCAGCCCAAUUCGAGCCCAGGGCCGCGCAUCCAGGGGAGGUUGCCAGCCGACCUCCCACUGGUUUCGUGGCGAUCUACAGGGACCAGCUAAUGGCUGGCCUCCGUCUGCCCAUCCCCAACUUCCUCUUCUUCAUUCUUACCUUCUGGGGUAUUCGCAUAACCCAGGUCAUCCCCAACGCUGUUCGCUCUAUCAUAGGCUUCUUCAUCCUUUGCCGAACACUCGAAAUUUCCUUUUCUCUCGACCUGUUCCGUGCCUUCUUCCAGAUGAAGGUCAGCGGGAAGGUGCCUGGGUGGUUCUACUUUGCCCGCCGAAGUGGAGCAAAAACCCCCACCCGCGAGCUGUUCACGGGGGCACCUUCCUCUAUCAAGGACUGGAAGCCUCAGUUCUUUUUCGUGAAGAACCUAGGUUUUCCUCCCCUUACUUGGAGAGCAGAGACUCAAGUCUCAGAUCCCCUUCCAUCCCUGCUCCCCGUGUCCGAGCUUAGCCGCCUACUCAGCUCGGACGUGAAGCUGGACGUGAAAGAGUUCAGCAAUGACCAGCUUUGGGCGGCGGGGUUGAUCCGAGCUAGCUCCUCGGAUCCCUCGCCAGAGGACAGGCCACUCACCCCGGGCGAGCUGGACACCUUGAAGCGGUUUUCCUCACUUCUGUCCAUCGGUGGUACUACCAACCCAGGCGCUACCACUCAGAGUCCCUCGGCCAUUCCAGCCAGCUCGGUGCCAGCUCCCAUACCUCAGCCAGCUCCCGCCCAAUCCUCCAAGGCGGUUGAGGCUGGAAAGAAAAAGAAAAAGAAGACAACUGCUAAGAGAGCCAGGGUGGAGACGCCCUCGUCCCCAGCUAGGGAGGAGAGGUCAACACCUGAGCCUGCCCAAGGCGGCCACUACGGCGUGACCACCGCCGAAGAGCAAGCCAGAGCUGAAGCUCCCCCUAACCUGUGGCAACGCCAGAGCUCCCUGCUCUUCGACCCCCAGACUCGGUUGACGACGCACCAGCACCCCAUGCACUUCUGCCCCCAGUGGAAGCUAUCCAUAAAUGACCGGGCUCAGUUCCCCGAGGUGGCGCGGGAGCUCGCUCACGGGGCCAUCCUCCCACGGGACUACAAUUUGACCAAGGCCAUGGAGUCAUCCGACCUCCUCAACUACUUCUACACGGGAACGGCUCAGGUGAACCUGGUUGGGUCCGAACUGGCCAAGCGCUACGAAAGCCUGCUCCCCCUGUUGAAUGAAACAAAGGCGGCCAACGAGAAACUGCUCAGCCAGAACGAAGCAGCUGUGGCCGAAGCUGAAGGCCUGAAGAAGCAACUCGCGCAGGUCCAUACAAACUUCGAGCUAGAGCUGAAGAAAAAUUCCGAGCUGACCUCCCAGCUGAAAGAGGAGCAGCAGAAGGCAGCCGAGCUGGCGGCUCAGGCGGAAGCGGCCAGGGCUGAGGGAGGCCAGGAGGGCGUGCGGGCCUUCCUCAGGUCGGAUGACUUCAGGGGCGAUCUGGCUAUCUUAAACACCCCCGUUCUGCAACAUGGGUAUUCCCAAGCCCUGAAGGAAGUGCAAGGGCUAGGUCUGCCCGGGUUCGACCUGGGAAACUUUCCCAGCUACAAUCCCCGGGCCGUGGAGCAGAUCGACCGCUUGGUAGAGGGUUACACUCAUGGACGGAAAUUGACCGACCUGGUCGCUGACCCCCUGCUGCCAGUGACCACCCCCGAAUCCGAGCAGGAGGAGGAGGAGGGGGAGAACUAGAGUAAGACUUAGGAUAGGACCCGAACUGUCAGUAGGCAAUUCGUUUUGUAUGAGCUCUGUUCUUCCUUGUACAGUUUUUAUUGAAUGAAAUGAAAAGCCUUCCUCUUGCUUUAUACUUAA